CAAAGAAUCCAUUCAGGAGAAAAACCUUAUAAUUGCCUGGAGUGUGGAAAGAGUUUCAGUCAAAGGGGAAGCCUUCAUAUACAUCAAAGAAUCCAUUCAGGAGAAAAACCUUAUAAUUGCCUGGAGUGUGGAAAGAGUUUCAGUCAAAGGGGAAGCCUUCAUAUACAUCAAAGAAUCCAUUCAGGAGAAAAACCUUAUAAUUGCCUGGAGUGUGGAAAGAGUUUCAGUGAGAGGGGAAGCCUUUAUAUACAUCAAAGAAUCCAUUCAGGAGAAAAACCUUAUAAUUGCCUGGAGUGUGGAAAGAGUUUCAGUCAAAGGGGAAGCCUUCAUACACAUCAAAGAACCCAUUCAGGAGAAAAACCUUAUAAUUGCCUGGAGUGCGGAAAGAGUUUCAGUUCCAGGGGAAGCCAUCAUAGACAUAAAAAAAUCCAUUCAGGAGAGAAACCAUAUAAAUGCCUGGAGUGUGGAAAGAGUUUCAGUCAAAGGGGAAGCCUUUAUACACAUCAAAAAAUCCACUCGGGAGAGAAACCCCGUGAAUGCCCACAGUGCGGAAAGUGUUUCAUUAGAAAUGGACGUCUUAAAUGCCAUCAAAGAAUCCAUACAGGAGAGAGGCCUUAUAACUGCCUGGAGUGUGGAAAGAACUUCACUCAGAGACCGCAUCUCAGUCAAUAUCAAAAAAUUCACACAGGAGAAAAACCUUAUAAAUGCCUGGAGUGCAGAAAGAGUUUCAGCCAUAGGGGAAUCCUUUAUACACAUCAAAGAAUCCGUUCAGGAAAAAAACCACGUAUAUGCCCGGAGUGCGGAAAGAGUUUCAGUUGCACGGGAAGCCUUUAUACACAUAAAAAAAUCCAUUCAGGAGAGAAACCAUAUAAAUGCCUGGAGUGUGGAAAAAGUUUUACUAAUAGUGGAGCUCUCAGUCAACAUCUAAGAAUUCACACAGGAGAGAAACCGUAUAAAUGCCUGGAGUGUGGAAAGAGUUUCAGUCUGAGUGGAAACCUUUAUAGACAUCAAAAAAUCCAUUCAGGACAAACCAUAUAAAUGCCUGGAGUGUGGAAAAAGUUUUAGUAAUAUGUCAGUCACCAUCAUAAAAUCUGCAUAGGAAAGCAACCCUAUAAAUGCAUAGAAUGUGGGAAAAGCUUCAGACAAACUAAAUAUCUCAGAAUAUAUCAAGGAGUUCACACUGGAGAAAAACCCUAUAUGCCUGGAGCGUGGAAAAGGUUUCAGUCAGUUAGGACAUCUCAGCCAAUAUCAACGAAUUCACACGGUAGAAAAACCGUAUAAAUAUCUGGAGUGCGGAAAAUCCUUCACAACAAAUGGAAGCUUUAACUAUCAAAGAAUCCGUUCAGGAGAAAAUCCAGAUAAAUGCCUAGAGUGUGGAAAGAGCUUUAGCGACGGUGGACACCUUAGUUGACAUGAAAGAAUUUACACUGGAGAAAACCCUAUAAAUGCCUCGAGUGUGGAAAGAGCUUUACUGAGGGUUGCUCCCUCAGUCAACAUCAAAGAACUCACACAGGAGAAAAGCAGUAGAAAUGCCUGGACUGUGGAAGGAGUAUCGGUAAGAGGGGACUCACCUUUCUAGACAUCAAAGAAUCGGUUCAGGAGAAAAACCUUAUAUACGCCCAGAGUGCAGAAAGAGCUUUACUGAGAGUGGAUACCUCAGUCAAGAUCAUGUCAGGAUUUUCAUUCUCAUGGGAAAGGAUUCAUCCCGUUAUCUUUACA